AUGGCAGCUCCAACUCAGCUUGCUUACCGUACGGUGAAGGGCAUCGGCAUCUUGGAUGCUGCCCCGGUUUACGAAUCCUUGCCUGGCUUCGUUAGGCCUGAAGGGAACCUCCGGUGUUCCGCAUACUCCGCCUGUGGCCGGUAUUUCGCCUGGGCUGCCCCAGAAGGUGUCACCGUCAUCGAUGCUUCGGUGGGCCACAUAGUCAAUCAGAUUCCUGCAGAGAAUGUGUACGAGAUAGAUUUUUCGCCCCUGGGCACAUAUGUCAUCACCUGGCAACGGCCAUCCAAGGACGAGAACGGCGAUGCGGUCCGGAAUCUUAAGGUGUGGAAGGUUGCCACCGACAGUGAAACCCAAGACCAGCAAACCCCGAUCGGCAGCUUCGUUCAGAAGUCACAGACAGGCUGGAAUCUGCAGUAUGCCUCGGACGAACAAUACUGUGCCCGUGUCGUGACAAACGAGGUGCAGUUCUACGAGAGCGGGAACCUCGGAACCGUUUGGAAGAAAUUGAGGGUAGAGGGGGUCGCGGACUUUGCUCUUUCACCAGGCAAGGGCCACGCUGUCGCCACCUUUAUUCCAGAGAGAAAGGGCCAACCUGCUUCCGUCAGGAUAUUUGAUAUGCCCAACUUCAAUGCACCUGUUUCGCAAAAAUCAUUCUAUAAGGGUGACAAGGUGCAGCUGAAGUGGAACAAUACUGGAACCACUCUGAUCGUCCUCGCUCAGACCGAUGUCGAUAAGAGUGGUAAGAGUUAUUACGGAGAGACCACUCUGUAUCUCCUCAGUGUUAGUGGAACAUUUGAUUCUAGGAUCGACCUAGACAAGGAGGGCCCAAUCCACGAUGUUACAUGGUCCCCUACCUCCAAAGAAUUUGGUGUCGUGUACGGCUAUAUGCCUGCAAAGACCACCAUCUUCAACACCCGUGCUGUAGCCACGCAUUCUUUCCAGCUUGGCCCACGAAAUACGAUCAUAUUCUCUCCACAUGGCCGCUUUGUCCUUGUUGCUGGCUUUGGUAACCUGGCAGGCCAGAUGGACAUCUAUGAUGUGGAGAAGGACUACAAGAAGAUCGUCACCAUCGAGGCCUCGAACGCGAGUGUCUGUGAAUGGAGUCCAGAUGGUAGACACAUUCUCACUGCCACCACCAGCCCACGUCUACGUGUUGACAACGGUGUCCGCAUCUGGCACGUUACUGGAGCUCUGAUGUACAACGAGGAUAUGAAUGAGCUGUAUUCCGUGUCGUGGCGGCCACAGUCUCCCAACAGCCACCCACUGACAUCAAAUCCUCUGAACCCAGUGCCAACCCCGCACCCAUCUGCCACAGCAUAUCUGAGCACCAAGAAGGCUCCUACCAAGCCUGCAGGUGCGUAUCGUCCCCCAGGUGCCCGUGGGCAGAGCACUCCACUGGCCUUCCGCCGUGAGGAUGAAGGCGGUGCUGCAUUUGUCCGUGAGGACUCGUCUCCGUUUGCAUCGAAUGGCGGGUCCGCCCCAAGUCCCUUUGGCAAGCCCCGUCGUCGUGUUGUACCCGGUGCCGAGCCUGUGGAAGAGUUCCUACCACCCGGAGCCGCUCCGGGAGGCGGAGUUGCUCUUCCUCCUGGGGCCGAAGCCAAUGCACCUGCACCAGAGAAGCUGUCCAAGUCUGCUGCGAAGAACAAAAAGAAGCGAGAGGCCAAGAAGGCCAAGGAGGCCAGCGCUGGCGGCCAAGGGGACGGCGGUGAGAAUUCCAUUGCUGCUCCCAACGCCGGGAGGCGGGAUCGCAGUCGCUCCCGGCACCGACAGCAAGCCAGCGGCGGCGCGAACGGUGCCAAUGGCACGAACCAGGACCCUAACUACCCCCGUGGAGGCCGUGACAGGAGCAGAAGCGCCCACCGCCGCCAGCGCAGCGAUGGCCGCAAUAACACGCCAAACCGCAACGGUAAUGGCAACCAGCCUCAUGACCGCCGUUCACCAGCCGUCAACACCACUGGCCGCCAACAAGCCGCACCACCAGACCUGACCGUCACCUCUCCCGACGGUGGUAACACUGCCAAUGCUGUCCCUGACGCAGCGGCCAUUGCCCGUGACAAGAAAAUGCGCAGUCUCUUGAAGAAGGUCCGCGCCAUCGACGAGCUGAAGAUGCGUGUUGCCAGCGGUGAGAAACUGGAGGAGACUCAGAUGAAGAAGAUUCAUACUGAGGAUUCUGUUAGGAGCGAGCUGGAGGCUUUGGGAUGGACUGGCUGAGCGAGAGGUGAAAGUCGAAGUAUAUAAAUCAGCGGAGGAUAUUAAUUAAUAAGAAAAAAAAUGAUACAAUCUCAGUAUUGGAAUACUAUAUACUGUCUCUACUCGUUACUGCUUCCAUUAUUUAAUAGAUGUAGCUGAUAUCUUAUGUGUUAGUGAAUAAGUUAGACGGUGGAGCGUCAUUCUCCUAUCUUCGUAUCACAGCAUCACAGCAGUAAACACCAACCAACAAACUACCAAACUACCAACCACUGGCAAACUAACCAACAGUCACUAACGAAGGGCUAAUAAAACACACUCACAGCCACCGUCCACUCCGUGACGUCUAGCCUUCGCCUCGAUAAUCCCUGCCUCUGCAUCUAUCUCCUGUUGGCUUUUCCUGCGCGUUCAUUGGGCAAAAGCAUGGCCCGUCACAGGCUUAAGCGCCGUGUCUGAGACGCAGGAACAGAGCACACCCAGGGAAGAAACGGGACCAGCGCAAGAUCAGAAGAUGAACGUAAGACCCAAGAUAGUUACUUAUGGCCAGCUAUCCAUGUUAUCUUCAGCCUGAAGGUGGCAGGUUAUAUCAUUUCAGGUCUUAUCUAUGACCUAUUAAUCGCCUUAUGAAGGACGAUAGCGACUACAAACGGACCAUAGGACUGGACACUCGGGUCAUAUUGACCAUUCGGUUUUUAUACCCGUAUUCCUUACAGAUCAGCGCUUUGGCAGCUUCCAGACCUACUUCAGUGGCAUGAAUCGAGCACCACAUGGCAGUGGCAGGAG